UCGAAAACGUCAAAAUCUGUCACGAAAAUGCGUCAUUCCCCACUGACCUUCCGUCAUCUGGGGCGCACGACGGAACUAGUGAUAUCGGCAACUCGUACAACGUAAAUUCAAUUCCAUAUAAAAUUCUGGCACGCGGAGUAUCGGCCGACCCGUUGUCGAAUCGCUCGUGACUUGUAUCGAGUUGUCGCUUCGCGCACGAGGCACCGAGUUUCCGUCAGCGGAAGAUCGGCAACGUCGCAUUCUACCAACGCAUUCGGCCGAUAGUUCGCAUAACGUGCGCGCGUGUUAUUUAGCAAAAUGUUCGACACACAAAGGUUUAUUUUCGAAGUCCAAAGCAGACCUUGUAUAUGGGAUUCUAAACAAAAGUUUUUCGGCAAUAGGGUGGUGAAGAAACGGGCUUGGGAGGAAAUAGCGAAAACAUUUGAUCCUAGUUGGGACGAGGAGACGACAGAGAGACAACAAGAGUUCGUUGAAGAAUUACAAAAAAAAUGGAAGCACAUAAGAGAUUAUUACGUCAGACUAAAGAAAGGGAAGGGAAGAGCUGUCCCUGCGAAACGUACCAACAAUUCAUACAUAGAGUUCCUCAGAUUUUUAGAUGUAAAAAAAGAACCAGGGAUUUCGGGGAACACGACUUCCCAGGAGGACCUUCCUGUGGAAUUUUCGGCUGAAGACGAUGAUGACCCACUACACAGUCCCUCGGAGGACGACCCAGGACCCUCUACGAACGAGUCCAACAUGAUACACUUUGAAGAGGAAUUGAUAGCAGCACGAAAUUCAGAAGAACAGGAGGAUGCGGACACGAAGUUUUUACUGUCAUUACUUCCACAAGUGAGGAGUUUGAACGAACGGCAAAAUUGUGAGUUCAAAAUGGAAGUGAUGAAUCUGUUGUACAAAAUUAAAUAUCGCAGUCCCUAUACGUACCACAGAAGCGGGAAUAUAUUAAAGAAAAGGAAAAGGUUACUUAAUAAUUAAACGCGCUUCAAACAACUAAGUAUGUAUUAAGUAUUUUUAUUGUGAUACAUCUUAUAAUACAAGUUAAGCACCGAAACCUCUUCACAGUCCGUCUGAACUCAUCUGUUUAGUCUUUACUGAUGGUGCUGACUUUAAAAAAAUAAAACAAGCAAGCAAUAAA